AAAGAAAAAGGUGGAGGAGGAGGGGGUUAUUAUUGAGAAGAAAAAGGGUAUGGAGAAGAUUGAAAAUCUGCAGAAUUUAUAUAGUCGAGGCUUGAGAGUUGAGAGCACAGCGGCACACCUGGCAGUAGGGUUUGGAGAAAUCUCUAGACAAUGGAAGACUAUCGCGAUGCGAAACGCAAACGCGACGAGGCCGUCUUGGCCAUCAACGGCAACGCUAAAAGCAUCGACCUCGCCGUGUUGGAGGCGUUAGCGAAGGAAAGCGCAGUUGAAGCGCUGGACCCUCGAACCCUAAAGAAGCUGGUGCUGGCCUUCGAGCGCCGCCUCAAGGACAACAUCGCCGCCCGUCUCAAGUACCCGAACCAACCGGAGCGCUUCGCCGACUCCGAAAUCGAACUCCACGAAGAGCUUCAGAAGCUCAAAGGCCUCGCCAGCGCUCCCGAGCUCUACCCCGAACUCGUCGCCCUCAACACUGUUCCCUCCAUCCUCAACCUCCUCAGCCACGACAACACCGACAUUGCGAUCGACGUCGUUCAGUUGCUGCAGGACUUGACCGACGAGGACACCGUCGACGAGAACGACGAGCCCGCACGGGUCCUGGUGGAUGCGCUCGUCGACAACAAUGUGCUCGAGCUCUUGGUUCAGAAUCUGCUCCGGUUGUCCGACUCCGACCCCGACGAGAUGGCCGCCGUCCACGGCACUCUCGCGACGGUCGAGAAUCUGAUUGAGGUUAAGCCGGCGGUGGCGGAGUUGGUGUGCGAAAAGACCAAAUUGCUCAAGUGGUUGAUGAGUAAGAUCAAGGUGAAGGAGUUUGAUGGAAACAAACAGUACGCGUCGGAAAUACUGGCUAUACUGCUGCAGAAUAGUGAGGCCAAUCAGAAGAGGUUAGGGCAGAUGAACGGCGUGGAUGUGCUACUUCAGGCGGUGGCUAUGUACAAGUCCAAGGACCCCAAGAGCCCCGACGAGGCGGAGAUGCUGGAGAAUCUGUUCAAUUGUUUGUGUGGUUUGUUGAUGCCAUUGGAGAACAGGGACAAGUUUCUCAAGGCUGAAGGGGUGGAGUUGAUGAUUAUUAUAAUGAAGCAGAAGAAGUCUGCUUACGGUUCCGCCAUAAGGGCUCUUGAUUUUGCAAUGACCAAGUACCCGCCGGCUUGUGAACGUUUUGUUGAUGUUUUGGGGUUGAAGACGGCCUUUGCAGCUUUUAUGGGUAAGGUUCCCAUUAAUAAGAAUGAAAAGAAAGAAAGGUAUCAUGAGGAGUUGGAGGAGCGCAUUGUGUCACUAAUUGCAUCGUUAUUUGGUGGUAUUAUGAGGGGUUCUAGAAGGGAGAGAUUGUUGAGCAAGUUUGUGGAAAAUGAGUGUGAAAAGAUAGACCGGCUUAUGGAACUUUAUAUGAGAUAUUCGAAUAGAGUUAAAGCUGAAACUGACCGAAUUGACCAGCUUGAUCUUGAUGAUUUAGAGAUGGAUGAAGAGGAAAUAUACAUUCGGAAGCUUGAAGCUGGACUUUAUACCCUUCAGUUGAUUGCUGUUAUUCUGGGUCAUCUUUGGUGCUCUGAGCAUCCCCAAAUGAGAGGAAGAAUCGAACUACUUCUCAAACAGCAAAAGCUUACUAAGAAGGAUGUUAAGGAUAUACUUCAGGAGUAUCACGACAACAUUGGUGAUAUGGAAGGAGCGGAAGAAAAAGAGCGAUCACAGGCAAAGAUUCAAAAAUUCAUCUCAGCUUUUGAUUGAUUGAAUGGUUCCCUUUUCAGCUGUGGGGAAAUUGAUAGUGUCAAGUAGAAGUAGAUGGUAAGUGGAGAGCUGUUGAUGUAUAUUUUCCAAUUUUAAGGUUUCAUGCUGUCAGAGUAGAACCAUUGGAAAAUCCUAGUAGAGAACUGUGAUGAAGUGGUACAAUGGCACGUUGGCAAACUGGCAAAACAUAGACUUAAAUGGCUCGGAUGUAAAAGUUGACCUUGCUUAACUCUUCAUACAGGAUUCUCUAAACCCAGGCUUUGCAUGGAGAGUGUAGUUCUUGAAAAUUCGGACUUUUGUUCAUGUAGCUUUUCUAUGAAUAUACAUCUAUAAGUCGUCAUACUGUAUCAAUUUACAACUAGUUACUGUUUGA